AUGCAGCUGAAAGACGGCGAUGGCAGGAAGGUGCUGCGCUCCAGCAUCAGAGAGUUCCUUUGCAGCGAGGCCAUGGCUGCCUUAGGGAUACCCAGCACUCGUGCAGCAUCCCUUGUCACCUCUGACCUUUAUGUCAGCAGAGAUCCACUCAACAAUGGCCAACGCAUUCUUGAGCGCUGCUCAGUUGUCCUUCGUGUUGCUCCUACAUUCAUCAGGUUUGGCUCUUUUGAAAUCUUUCUGGGCCGAGAUGAAUUCUCAGGUCUGCAGGGUCCCAGUGCUGGGCGGGAUGAUAUCCGUGCUCAGCUGCUGGAUUAUAUUGGUGACACUUUUUAUCCUCAAAUUCAGCAGGCUCACAGCAUCCGGAAAGACAGGAAUUUGGCUUUUUUCAGAGAGGUGAUGACGCGAACUGCUAGGCUAGUGGCCCAGUGGCAGUGUGUUGGCUUUUGCCAUGGUGUCCUUAACACAGACAACAUGAGCAUCCUGGGUCUUACCCUGGACUAUGGCCCCUUUGGCUUCAUGGAGAGAUUUGAUCCAGACUUUGUCAGCAAUGCCUCAGACAAAAAGAGGCGCUACUCGUACCAAUCACAGCCAUCUGUGUGCCGCUGGAACCUGGCUCGCCUAGCUGAGGCGUUGGGCUCUGAGCUUGAUCCAGCAGAGGCAGGAGCCGUCCUGGAUGAAUUCAUGCCCACGUAUAAGGCGUUCUACCUAUCUAUCAUGAGGAAAAAGCUGGGCCUUGUAAGAAUAGAAGAGGUAGAGGACCGAGAGCUUGUAUCAGAUCUGUUGCGUGUCAUGCACAACACAGGUGCCGAUUUCACAAACACCUUCCGCUUGCUGAGUCGUGUCCCCUGGCCUGAAGAGGGCGAUAGUGAGAGAGCCACUGUGGGCUCAGUGGUGGACCUCAUCCUAGAGCAGUGUGCCUCUAUUGAGGAGCUA